CCCUCCGCCGCGGACACGUGACGCCGCCACUGACGAUACCAACGCAUGCCGCCACCGACGCCAUGGCAUGACGCAUCGCUCGCCGAGUGACGAAGCGUCGCUGGAGCAGCCGAUUGCCAGUCACCGGAUGCGCGAGCGAUGUCGGCCUUACCGGAUGUACAUAGCCUUUUGGAUCCUGGGCCUGCUGAACAAUUUUCUUUGGGUGACCAUGAAUGCUGGGGCCAACAGCAUCAACAAGGCGGGCAUCGGGAUGGUCUACUUGGCCAACGUGGUGCCCUCACUGACGAUGAAGCUCACUGGGCCGUACUGGUUCCAUUUCGUAAGCUACAGGGUGCGGAUGGUUUGGAUGGCCCUGCUCAUGGUACUGAGCUUGGGAACAGUAGCCUGGGGCGAGAGCCCGCAACUUGGAUCGGGAGAGGUGGCCUUCUGCUCGGUGGCCUGUGGCAUGGGUGAGGCCUCACUCCUGGCCAUGGCCAGCUUCUACGAUGCACAGGUGUGCUUGUCUGCUUGGUCCUCCGGCACUGGCUUCAGUGGCAUCGCGGGCUAUUUGUGGUCAUUGACCUUUGAUGGCUUGGACAUUUGUUUCCAGGUGCAGCUGAUGGUGGCGCUUUGGAUCCCGGUGGCCUGGCUCUUCACCUUCUUCGUGCUUUUGGGUGUCCCCUGGAUCGACAAGGAACGGGUGACUCUGGAUCACGUGACAGAAGAGGAGAUCGAGGAUCUCUCCCACGAGACCUCGGAGAGUUCCAACGACUCGGACACCACCUGCCAUAGCGCCUCAGAAGUGGCCACUUCAAAGCUCACCGUGAAGGAACGUUUCUUCUUCAUCCUGGGCCUUUGGCCUUACACUGUACCGCUGCUCUUUGUCUACGUCUCCGAGUAUGCGAUCCAAAGCGGUCUCUGGGCGGCGAUGGGCUUUCCAGUCACGGACCCCGUGAGCCGCCGCAGCUGGUACAAGUGGUCCAACUUCACCUAUCAAGUUGGCGUUUUCAUCUCCAGGACCUUCUUCAUCCUCAUUUGCCGGAGUCGGUCGGUCCUGUGGUCCGGUGGCCUUUUGCAGAUCUUGAUGGCAAUCUUCUUCACCUUCGCCGCGGUGCAUCCCUUCGGUGGCUGGUGGUUACUGGCACCCUCGCUCUUCGUGGGCUUCCUGGGCGGCGGAGUCUAUGUGGGAGCCUUCUCUCUCAUCGCCAAGGAGCAGAACUCCGCCUAUGUAGAGUUAGCCUUGUGUUCCGCCUCCGUGGCCGACACCAUCGGCAUGAUCUUCGCCAACAUCUUGGGGCUCAUUGCGCAAGGAUGCAUCUUCGGGAUGAUGCGGGUGCUGGACACUAAGCCGGACUUCACCUGUGGCUUUGACAUUUGGGAUAACUUCAACCGCACCAGCCAUCCACCAGUCUAUGCCACGCACUGCUUCCCUGGAGUACAAGGUUGACAAGUGCCCAGCAGCCGUGGCGCGAACCCGCACCUGCAAUCGCGAGUGAGCUUCGCUCGACUGAGUCGUCCGGAGAAGCUACACGCCACGUGCUUCAGAGCAAGUGAGGGAUCCGGACCGCAAGAGAGCGCCAAAAUGGUGAAUGAAAGACGAGCAGUGACAAGUGUUUUGGAUACUCGUUGUGCAUACACGUGCAUCUCCUCCAACAACGAUUUUGAAUUGGACGCCGUUCUUAUCCAUUUGAGGACUUCUCUAUUGUCUAUUAUUCAUCAAGUAAAACUAUUUGUAUGUUCAUAUUGACUCCAAC